ACGAGCAAGUGCGGUAUUUGAAUUAAUCCGUGUUUAACAAAGUUAAGACAUUGUGGUUAAUUUUCGCGCUAUAAUUAAAAAAUAAUAAUCAUCAUUUUAAUCAAAAGGCGUAGAAACAUCCGGGUAUUUUGUCUAGACUGGAGGAUUAUGGGAGCUGACACUGACAUCAUACCUGACACUUAGUCGAACAUUUUACAGUUGGCUUCAUGACUGUAGAUCAUUCCAUUCAAAUGCUAUUGAGCUUUAAAUUAUGGUAUAUUUUGUGUAUGGGCCCAUUCUGUAGUGAAAUUCAUAUCAAAUUUACAUAUGAUUUAAUAGUUUAAUUUAAUAAAUAUCAAAAAUCUAAAAGAUGUGCGUCAUACCUGACACCUGGAUUAACAUUUUACAGUUGGUUAUAUGACUGUAAGUCAUUCCCUUCAAAUGCUAUUGAAGUUAGAAGCGUGUAUAACAAUGUCGUAUGUAACUUUAGAGACGGUCCCUUAAUUUCCGCAUAUCUGCGAAUAUCGAACGUCCAACGUCAGGCCAACUUUAUGCCAGUGGCACUUUGAUGAUUGGUCGUCAAGACGACUGGCAUAAAGUUGGCCUGACGUUGGGCGUUCGAUAUUUGCAGUGUCAAGAGGCUGUAUUUGUUGUCAUGGAGACUCGCUGCCAUAGAAACGUGUGUGGUGUGUGGUGCGUCGCGAGCGCAGUCUAGAGAGGUUGGCAGUGAAUUAGUGCGGCUCCUGAGACGGGAAUUAAAUAAAGCCGAUUUAAAGUCUGUCCUGUUUCAGUGUUGCAAACAUGAAGCGGCUGUGUUUGUGUGAGAUCUGCAUCUGCGGACGGCACCGUUGCGCACACCCGCCCACAGCGCUCUACAAGAAGGGAAACGGAGGUUGUGUAUUGAGUGAGUACACUGAGAAAUACCCAGAAUACAAGAGUUAUCAGCCACCCAAGAGUCUUAAGCCUAAACAGGAAGUAAAGAAUAACCGCGAACAGAUGGAGGGAACCACCACCUUUAGGUCCGAUUUUGUUCCAUAUGAAGUGAGCCAGCGUCCUGUAAAACAAAGGGCUGAAUACCAACCUAAUCCAGGUGAGAUUGACUUGGCCACUACGUACAGCCAGGAGUUUGUCCCUUUUGAGCUACAGCCUGUUUUACCACGUCUCCCAAAGGAGAGGAUACAACAUGCUAAUGGGAAGCUGGACACAGUACCAACCUAUACAGAAGAUUUCCGUCAGUGGGAAAUUAGCAUGCGAAAGUCCCGUAAACCCAAACUGUCUUACCAUCCUCCAGCUGAGAAGUUUGGAAACGCCACAACAUUCCAGGAUGAUUUCAUUCCACGAGGUCUUGUUCCACGUGAGAGCUUCAAACCUUCAUAUGUAGCCAAGCUGUCUGAUGCUCCUUUCGAUGGAGUGACCAGUAAUCAGUUGCAUUAUAUCCCUCACCCAAUGGAUGUGUGUUUUGUCAAAGCUCCUCAUGAGUACAAACCCAGUGACCAGCCUUUCCAAGACCUCACAACACACCGACAUGAUUUCCAGGGCCUGCCGGCCAAAAUGCCCAAGAGCUGUAAGCCUGAACACAUCAAAAUGUCCUACGAUGCACCCUUCCAGACCAGCACUGAGUUCCGAGAUCGCUUCCAGACGUGGGAUGCGUCUCCACAACGGGUGAAGAAAAUGUCCGAGUACACAAGUCCUACAGAGGAAAUGGAUCUGACCACGACAACUGGCACAACCUUCAUCAAACACCAUAUCCAGCCAUUCAUCUCCGCUAAGCCUCUGGUUAGGCCAACUCAUUCCUCUGUUCCUUUUCAAGCUGAAACCACCAUGAAGGAUCAUUUUAAAGCCUGGAAAGCCCAGCGCCAAGAAAUGAUCUGCAAACCCCCGGCAAUCCACAGAAGCAGUGGGAAGAUGGAGGACAUAAGCACCUUUAAGGCCCACUACAUCCAGCACCAACUGCAGCCCAAUAUCAGCUGCAAGCCAAUCAAUGCCCCACUGAGGAGCGAAGCACCUUUGGAUGAAGAAACCAUGUACCGCACUGAGUUCACACCCAAAAAGAUCAGCAUAUGUCCAGCCAGCUUGGAGCCAAUUCCGGGGUUUGUCUUUGAGAAGGUUGAUGACAGAGGUCACAGGUUCUUCCAUAAACUGAGCUCCUAGGAGCAGAUGUCUGCAGGGUGUGAGGUGCAGGCUCCUAAUGCUUUGGCCGUGAUGUCAUAAGAGCAAAGCUAGCUAAAUCACAGGGGGGAAAAUAAAUAAAUAAAUAAAUAAAUAAAUCUAAUCUAAUCUCUCAUAACUUAAGCCUUAAUCAGUCUUGUUGUUUUUUAAGUAAAUCCAACUGAAUCUAAAUAAAUCCAGUGUAUCUUGUAUUUAAAAAGGUAAGAAUUAAGACAUGAAACAUCUUUAAACUACUGUAGCAUUGUUGCCAUGAUAAAUGAAAAUAGGUGUAAAGGUUUAAAAGUUUUAACAGAAUUCAAACUGUAUAGCAAUUAGAUUUAUGCAAGUAAUACACUAUACAAAAUUACAUCCUCUUAUAUUAUAUUGCUCCAGAUUUCAAUUGCAAAAUUCUUUACAGUUUAUGAAACCUUCACUGGUAAGGACUUGAUGUGGCCUAAGAUUAAGAUAAAACAUAUUAACCCCUCACUGCAAAUGGAAUCGAUCCGCCAGGAUAUGUUUUGUCUCCAAAGUCUCAGCCUCUUUUCUUUUGCACUCGAGCUAUGAGGCUAAUGUACAGUAUGUAUCUUUCAAGUAAUUGAAGCUAAUACAGUGCAAAGAAGGCUGUGAAAAAUUGUCUUUAUUGUUUAACCUUUUGAUAUUUUGUUAAAGAAAUUCACAAAAAUACUUUGCUCUCAUGUAUAUCAAACAAUUGCAAACAAAACAGAGAUUUAUUUAAAAAACAAAUCUUUGUUAAAUAUAGGUGUGCAACAAUUAUUGGCACACCUAUGAAAUCACAUGACAAAAAAAUAUUUGAAGUAUAUUCCCAAUGAUAUUUCCCAUGGCAUUGUUUUUAGUUCACCUGGGUGACUCGGCACAGGAAAUUGUUCAACCAUGACUUCCUGUUUCACAGGGGUAUAAAUAUGAGGUAACACACAGGCCAAAUUCCCUUAGUAAUUCAUAACAAUGGGUAAGACCAAGGAAUAUAGCUGUGAUGUGUGGCAAAAGGUUGUUGAGCUUCACAAAAUGGGAAGUGGUUAUAAGAAAAUAGCACAAGCGUUGAAAAUGCCCAUUUCCACCAUCAGGGCAAUAAUUACAACAUUCCAGUCAACUGGAAAUAUUAUGAAUCAACCUGGAAUUGGAAGUGUGUCUGUAUUCUCUCAACACACUAUAAGGAAGAUGGUUCAAGUGGCCAAAUUGCAGAAGUGGAGAAUUGCAGAAGUUAGUUGUGUCUUGGGGUCAGAAGGUCUCGAAAACUACAAUCCGAAGUCACCUACAUCACAAGUUGUUUGGAAGGGUUUCAAGAACAAAUCAUCUAUACUCAUCCAAAAACAAACUCAAGCAUCUUCAGUUUGCCAGACACUACUGCAACUUCAGAUGGGAUCGGGUUCUAUGGUCAGAUGAAACCAAAAUAGAGCUUUUUGGCAAUAAGCACCAGAGGUGGUUUUGGUGCACACAGAGAGGUAGCCAUAUGGAAAAGUACCUCAUGCUCACGGUUAAAUAUGGUGAUGGCUCUUUAAUGUUUUGGGGCUGUUUUUCUGCCAGAGGACCUGGACAUUUUGUUAGGAUACAUGUUAUCAUGGACUCAAAUAUCAAAUAUCAACAGAUGUUAAAUGAAAACCUGACUGCCUCUGCCAGAAAGCUGUGGGCUGAAAAAAAUGGGCUGUGGUUGGAUCUUCCAACAGGACAAUGAUCCAAAACACAUCAAAAUCAACACAAAAAUGGUUUACUGACCACAAAAAGUCCUGCCAUGGCCAUCCCAGUCCCCUGACUUGAAACCCAUAGAAAACCUGUGAGGUGAACUGAAGAGGAGAGUUCAGUGUGGACCUCGAAAUGUGAAGGAUCUGGAGAGAUUCUGUAUCUGUAUGAGGAAUGGUCUCAGAUCCCUUGGCAUGUAUUCUCCAACCUCAUCAGGCAUUAUAGGAGAAGACUCAGACCUGUUAUCUUGGUAAAGGGAGGUAGCACAAAGUAUUGACUAAAAGGGUCCCAGUAAUUGUUCCACACCUAUAUAUAACAAAGAUAUUUUUGAUAAACCUGUGUUUUGUUUGCAAUUGUUUGAUAUCCAUGAGAGCAGAGUAUUUUUGUGAAAUUUUUUUUAACAAAAGAUCAAAAGGUUAAACAAAGACAAUUUUUAACAGCCUUCUGUGCACAAAUUCAAAACCCAAUCAAGUCCAGACAUUAGCUCACUCUUACUAACCUACUUAUUAGCCAUGUCAUACAUCAAAAUGAUCGGCUCAGUGAGGAGAAUUGCAUUAUGGAGGAUGGCAAUACCCUCCAUCCAAUGUGCAAAAUUGCAUUAUGGGUCGCAUGGUGUCAUGUGCACAUCACAACAAAACUGACUGUAACCACAAAACUAUUGGUACAUACAGUAGACAUAUACUAUACCAAAACGCUUGGCUGACUGAGGAGAAUAGCUUUAUGGGUAUUUUAGUGAUGUCAAGUGAACGUCACAUGCACAUUAACCCCCAAAAUUAGUGGAAUCACAAAACUACCAUAACAUACUGUAGACGUGUGAUAUGUUAAAACACUCAGCUCCAUGAGAAGAAUUGCAUUAUGGGUGUUUUAGUGAUGUGCAUAUGAAUGGACUGCCAUAAAGCCUAUUAUAUUAAAACCUGGAGUUAAAUACAAUCAUUACGACUACCAAUAUAUGUCAAAUUAGUUAUGCUUCAACAAACAUGUACACACAUAGCUCAUGUUCAGUUGCAUAUUAGUGUCGGAUUUUGCAUGGGCAAGCACCACUCGCACUUUCUUCCCAAAAUCUAAAGUCUAGUUGAACUUACUUUUCUGCGAGGUUUUGUUAUUUCACUGUACAAUUCAGUGGGGUGUUUUCUUUGGUCGAGAUUCCUGGUUUGCCUGAAGUUCGGCGUCUGCAGUAUCUGUUUUGGACCAUGGGUUUGUCUGCAGAGUUGCAUAGCUAAUAAACAGCUCGCACUUACAUCCAUCUGUCUCCGCCUUAUGACAACAGAUCAACAUGCUGUCGUUGGAGGUGUAUCAUGAUUUCGAUAUGCACAUUGUACAAUGCUAAACUACUAGCUGUGAGCUUCCUUUACUUGUUAGCUAAGUGCAAAACUAAAGAAAUUGUGUACAUUUCAUUCAUGCCUAAUCUAUUCUUACAACAAAUGGUACAUCAACAUAUAGGCUGCACACACAACAAAUAUAACAAUACUUUACAAUAUAUUCUGAUAAAUUCCAGCUUAUGUUUCUCUCCCACUUGUGGCAUUGUAUGGAAUGUACUAAAAGUCUAAAUGUGAAAAAAAAUAUUUAUGUGCCAAAAUUGUACUCAAGCGAUGAUCAAAAUGAAAAAUAAACUCUUUCUCAAAAGUGUAUUUAUUUCCUUUAUACUAUAUAACACAGAGAAGUGAUGAGGAAUUCCAGACAGUCCCCAAUCAAAACUCUCACCAUCCCAAACACAAUGAAUGUUUUUACACGUCAGUAGCCAUCUAUUGUUGUAUAUCUGUAAUUAUGUCAGCACAUGGUUUGUGUAUCUAUUCAAACAUUUCAAACUGUAAUUAAGUCGCAUGCUUUUAAAUACAGAAGGCCAUGGUAGUCAACUCAUGGAUUAUCUAUGUGAAUAAUUGAUAAGGUUUUCUGUAGUCUUAAAUAUGGAUUACAAUGUAAACUACACUAGCAAGUAAGAAAAUAAGUCCAGAAUCUCUACACUCAAUGUACAAUAUUGCACUUAAAAAAAACACAUUAUGUACAAGAAUUUACAAUGCAGCACACUGGUUGAACAGACGCGCACACACGCACACACACACACACACACACACACACAAACACACAAACACAAGUACAUUUAAAAGGAGUAGCAACUGGAGACUCAAGUGUGGUCUUAUGACUUAGACAUUUCACUCCUUUGUACAUUAAUGAUACAUAAUGUCUUCAUAACGCAUACAUAAGCAAGAAAUAGUGUUUUUAGAAUAAGACAUGAAUAUCUAUGAACAGCAGCUAAUGUCAGUUUUCACACGUUACACGGCCCCAUUGUCGUGAUCAUGGUACAUGUGGGAAAAAUAAGGCAUAUGACAAUAUGACAUUGUCUCAGUUUCGACACAGUGUGUUGAUAUUUUGUACUCUUUACUAGCCACAAGCUUCCGAAUCUUAAUGGUUGACGUCUGAUAGG